UAAUUGUUAGCUGCUGAACACUGGGAAUUUCAAUGUCGAUAGCUCUAAGAACUAAACUUGGUUCCACAGGAGCUCGUCUCCUACGGAGCCUCGCCGCCGCACGGUCUUUCUCCCAUCAACCUCGCGAACCAAUUCCCGACCGCCCCCUUAGAAAUCAAUCUCGAAUUCAAUCUCGGCCCCGGAAGGCGGAAACCGAUGCUGAUUUUCUCGAAAAAUUCAAGCUUGGACUGGACAGCGAUAGCAGCGUCAAAGAAAACCCUAGCAAGAGUGAGGCAGUCGAUAGAGGCAGCGACAGCGAGGAUGCGAAUGAGAUAUUCAAGAAGAUGAAGGAGACGGGGCUGAUCCCCAACGCGGUGGCUAUGCUGGAUGGGCUGUGCAAAGACGGGCUGGUUCAUGACGCGAUGAAGCUGUUCGGGUUAAUGCGCGAGAAGGGGGCGAUUCCGGAGGUGGUGGUGUACACUGCUGUGGUGGAGGGCUUCUGCAAGGCGCAGAAGCUGGAUGAUGCGGUGAGGAUCUUCAAGAAAAUGGAGAGCAAUGGAAUUGUUCCUAACGCCUUCAGUUACCAGGUUUUGAUUAAAGGGCUGUGCUUGGGCGAUGGGAGGAGAGUGGAGGAGGCCUAUGAGUUUAGUAUUGCGAUGUUGGAGGCUGGUCAUUCCCCCAAUUUGGCUACUUUCACGGGAUUGAUUGAUGGGUAUUGCAGGGAGAAGGGUUUGGAAGAGGCUCAGAGUGUUGUGAAGGGAAUGAGGCUAAAGGGUUUCUUCGUGGAGGAGAAAGCGGUUAAGGAGUAUUUGGGUAAGAAAGGCCCCUUCUUGCCCAUGGUGUGGGAGGCAAUCUUGGGGAAGAAGGCCUCCAACAAGUUUCCUUUUUGAGGCUUAAGCAUUUCUGUUUACCUUCUUCUUCUUUGUUUGAUGUCAGCCUUUACUCUGUUUUCUCCCUCUUGUUUAUUGGUCUGAAUAUCAAUAUAUAGGAUGUUUGUUUUU